CACACGACACCCAGGGCCCAGCAACAAGCUCCUCACCGUUGGCUAUCCGACAGUAUAUAAUUUGGCUUGUGAAGGUAGAGUUGCUUCAUUUCUAGUAGUUUCACGUCAUCCGACAAGAACCCCUUCCCACCAUAUUCGCUUGUACGGACACAGAAAGACACAAAACAAAAAAAAAGGUGGACACGGUGAGAAGGGGAGGGCUGGGGUUUUUUUGUUUAUGGAACUACCGGCUUUCGAGGAGAAAUGCAUUUGUCAAAUCUGCACAUGCGGACGCCAUCGUUGUCGCAAACACCCACAACAAGCAACCUUGGAAAUUGGACCUGUUACCCGAUCUGCCGAAUUGUUGAUGAAUUCCAGUCUGGCCCAAAACGACUACGCCCUGCCGGCCAGAGCAGCCGAACGGCCCGUCAUUAAGAAGCUGGUGGACAAUUUGCAGGUAGGCGGGCCUGGUAUCACUAUGGAAGCCAAGCCAUCGCUCAGGACGGAUUAUCCGGAAUUUCAAGUCAAGAGACCCGUCAUCCAUCGAUUGGUUGAUCAACUGAAGACGUCAGGUGGCGCGGCCAGUGAUGGCGAAUUCGCUGCAACGACGCUCAGCCGAGAUCAGUACAGGCCGUUCAGCAACGUCAGGAGGCCAGAAGGUGGUCGAAAAUUGCGAUCCUCGUUGAAAGUCAGAGGCAACCUUGACGCCGUGUCUACAAGUCAUGAUUAUCAGGAUCACGAGAAUUACGUCCGGCCAGCCAAUCACCGAAUCCCUGACAGCAUUCAAAUAGAUGGCGGUAAUGUUGCCGAUUCCUCCGUGUCCAACGCUGAUUUCCGUCAAUUCAGCGUGGAGCGGCCAACGAUCCGUCGGCUUCAAAGUUCGUUGAAAAUCCCUGCUGGAUCGAUGGAGCAGAAUCAGUCGCUGUCUCAAGCCACCUACAAGGAGAUGCCCGUUUCGCGGCCCAAACGCCACCUACUGGCCGAUCAGAUCACUACCGGAGGAAACGGACAAGAAAUGGCUAAAGCUGGGCAUUUGCACGAAGACUACAGGCAAUUCGCGGCCGAGCGUCCGGUCAUCAAGAAAUUGCAGGACAAUCUGGCCAUACCACACUUGGCUAAAUUCGAAGCGCACAAUGUCGAUUAUCCGGAACACGCCGACUACGCCAAACCCAUCCGCAAAAAGAUGGAAGACACGUUAAAAUUCAGCGGAUCCAUGGAGCAAGCCUCGCAGUCACGCAAGGAUUACGUGGAGUUUCACGCUGAGCGACCCGUCAUCAAGAAACUGCAGGACAACAUACCCGUGCAUCCGUCCAACGGCUACACAGACGGGCAGCAACAGUCGACGCAGAGGGACUACGGGCAAGUCGAGUCCAAACGGCCCAUCAUCAACAAACUGCACGACAAUUUGAAGAUGGAAGGCGACGUCGACUUGCAAACGGCCUAUCAGAAAUCCUACGUCCAAAAAGCCGAUCCCGUGCGUCCAGAAAUUAAGCGCAUGCACAGCACGUUGGCCGUCCCAGGAGGAGAUUUCACUACGGAAUCCGUAGUCAAAGCGGAUUAUCCGGAACAUCGGGUCCAGCGACCGACCAUCGCCAAACCCGUUGGUCAGUUGCAGAGUCACGAUUCAUCUUGGGGUAGUAAUGGGGCAUCCAGACCAGCAGCCGGAAUUCGUCGAAUGAGUCAACAUACUGACGCUCCAGCGGGAAUGAAUUAUCUUCAAGCGGGACCAAACAUGAAUCGCGUCCGCCAGAUGGAAUCUUCAAUUCAUUUCGGAUCGGGUAAUUCGCCGGCAAUGAUGAGCGAAGCUCAGGAUUCGUUUAUUCCGCUGGAUGGCGCUCUAAAGAGUCAAUUGAUGAGGCCGCGUACCAGCAAUCGACUGCAAGAUUGGAACGUUAGCGAACCUACUGCUAGAGGUCGGAAUCGAAUGAAUGCUGCCAACAAUAAUAUGCAACAAUCACCGCCAAUGACCAGGGACCAAGUAGUUGCCCAACAGGCGAGGAGGAAGCAUCAAGCGACCGAAUCAUCGUUGUCGUUGAAUCAGGGCGGACAACCGGCCAACGAGACGGACGGAUCUCUUUACAAAAAGAGCUUCACGUUACCGGCAAUCGAGCCGUGUCCAGCCGCUGUGCUGCAUGUGGAUGACAAAUCAAAUUAUGAGUUCACUAGAGAAUUACAUAAUCAUCGUUUCUAUCGGCCCAUCAUUAACUCGAUGGGUUGAUAAUUCAAAUGAUUUUUUAAUUGAUCCCCAUUUAGAAAUGACAUGAUCAUUAGUUUUCCAUCCUAAAAAAAAAAGUAGUGAAGAAUCUUCAAGUUUUUAACUUUUCAAAAAUACUUUUCCGUAUUUCCUGCUCUU